AUAUGCAGAUUUGUUUAGUCGAGAGGAAAAAAGGAAGAAAAGAGAGGUGAUGAUGAAGAUGAUGGCUGCCGCAGCUAUCCCAUAUUCACCUCUUCUUCUCAGAUCCAUGGCUUCCCAGAAGCCCAUUUCUUUUGCUGCCAAAACUGUCACAUCUAAAAAGGGCACAACGGGGUCGAAGCCGAAGCCGAAGCUGCUGACACGGGUGGAGCAGCUGCGACUCCUGAGCAAGGCGGAGAAGGCGGGGCUGCUGUCGGCGGCCGAGAAGUCGGGGCUGUCCCUGUCGGCAAUCGAGAGGCUCGGGCUCCUGUCGAAAGCGGAGGAGCUCGGGGUCCUCUCGGCGGCCACGAACCCCGGGACGGCCACGGGGCUUCUCAACAUCAGCUUGAUUUUGUUGGUUUUGGGACCUGCAUUUGUUUUCUUAGUGCCAGAGGACUACCCUUGGGAAAUAGGCCUUCAGGUUGCGGUUGCUCUGCUUUCUAUAGUUGGUGGCUCUGCUGCUUUUGCUGCAUCAAAUCUUGUAUCCACUUUGCAGAAAUCUAGUUAGACUUCUUUUCCUCAAACAUUUGCUCAGAUUUUCACAAUUUCAUGGCAAUGUAAGGACACAAAUUCCCAUACUGGAGUACAUGAUUUAGAGAUA